CUGUAGCCUGUGGGCAUCUCUCCCUCAUUCCUAAAAGUCAGUCUUCUUCUAAUAAUUCUGAUCUCUAUUAUACGGAAGAGAGAAAAAGUCAAAAUGCCUUACGCGUCUGUUCACUGACGUUGUGAAGACCCCUCUUGCCUAUGUAUUAGAGUCCCUUAACCUGCGCAUCCCUCAUCCUUUCUUUCUCUCCACUCCGUCAACGUGUUCUUCUCUUCCUUCUCUGAGCUCCUGAGGUCUUGGAAGUGUUUUCAUUUGAAGCCAUUGUCGACAGUUUGACAUUGAAAGGCUGGUCACGGGUGUAUCAUUCAGUUAUGACUUGUUUUCCGUUCUUAUUCAGUAGGAAGGGGAAAUCGAAGCCAAAUGAAAGCUUUGAUGUUGAUGAUGAAAUUUCAAGCAUUCACAAUGUGAAUCUUUACACUUACAAAGAAUUGAAAGUUGCCACAGAACAAUUUAGUGCAGCCAAUAAAAUUGGGGAGGGUGGUUUUGGUUCUGUCUAUAAGGGACGGCUUAAAGAUGGGAAGAUUGCUGCAAUAAAAGUUCUUUCAGCUGAUUCAAAACAGGGAGUGAGGGAGUUCUUGACAGAGAUUAACGUGAUCUCAGAAAUAGAGCAUGAAAAUUUGGUUCAGCUCUAUGGCUGUUGUGUGGAAGGAAAUCAUAGAAUUUUGGUCUACAACUAUCUUGAGAAUAAUAGCCUUGCACAAACUCUUCUCGGUGGAAGUCAGAGUAAUAUCUACUUUAAUUGGAGAACAAGGCUGAUCAUUUGCAUUGGAAUUGCACGUGGGCUUGCCUUCCUUCAUGAGGAAGUACGACCGCAUAUUGUUCACAGAGAUAUCAAAGCAAGCAAUAUUCUCCUUGAUAAAGAUCUAACACCCAAGAUUUCAGAUUUUGGGCUUGCAAAGCUUAUCCCAGCCAACAUGACUCAUGUUAGCACACGUGUGGCAGGAACGAUAGGCUAUCUUGCUCCAGAAUAUGCAAUAAGGGGGCAAUUAACGCGGAAAGCAGAUAUUUACAGUUUUGGUGUCCUGCUUGUGGAAAUAGUCAGUGGGAGAUGUAACACAAAUACACGAUUACCUAUUGAAGAACAGUAUCUCCUAGAAAGGACUUGGGGACUUUAUGAACGAAAGGAGCUGGUUGGACUGGUAGACACAGCACUGAACGGUGAUUUUGAUGCUGAGCAGGCUUGUAACUUUCUAAAGAUUGGUCUUCUCUGCACCCAAGACAGUCCGAAGCUCCGGCCGUCCAUGUCAACUGUCGUCAAGAUGCUAACCGGUGAGGUGAACAUUGAUGACAAGGAGAUAACAAAGCCAGGAUUAAUUUCUGAUUUCAUGGACCUCAAAGUGCGAAGCGAUCAGAAAAAUAAGCCUGAAACAAACAAUACAUCUUAUAAUGUUUCCUCUGGCAACCUAGAGAAUUCAACGGUGUCAUUAGGAACUACAACUGCUGCAACUAUGACCUUUACUGCACUAUGUGACCGGAGCUUUUGAACAUCAACAUGAAGAAUUUGUCAAUUCAAAUUUUAUUUGUUCUCUAGUUUUGGGUUUUUCAAGGCUUGUUAUCUUGUGUAAAUUUUACUACCUUGUUUCUCUCCAAACCUUUUCACGUUAGACCUAAAAUCCCUCAAUUAAAAUUUAAUUUAUACUAGUUUUAGGAUUUUCUUUUUCUUUUUUCGAGGCUUGUUAUGUUGUAUAAAUUUUACAACCUUGUUUCUCUCUGUUCUUUUUCACAUCAGACCAAUAGCCAAAGGAACCCUCUUGUAAAUCAAUGGACCUGGUUUUUGAUAAGUUGAAAGAAAGUUUCCUGGUUUUUUAUA